CGCCCCCACGUCCCCCCCCCGCCCCCACGUCCCCCCCCGCCCCCCCCUUCUUCCCCCCCUCCCCCCCCUCCCUCCCCCCCCCCUCUUCCCCCCCUCCCCCCCCUCCCUCCCCCCCCCCCUCCCCCCCCCCCCCCCCCCCCCCCCCCCUCCCCCCCCCCCCCCCUCCCCCCCCCUCCCCCCCCCCCCCCACCCCCCCCCUCCCCCCCCCCCCCCUCCCCCCCCCUCCCUCCCCCCCCUCCCCCCCCCCUCCCCCCCCCCCCCCCCCCUCCCCCCCCUCCCCCCCCUCCCCCCCCCUCCCCCCCUCCCCCCCCCCCCCCCCCCCCCCCCCUCCCCCCCCUCCCCCCCUCCCCCUCCCCCCCCUUCCCCCCCCCACCCCCCCCUUCCCCUCCCCCCCCUUCCCCCCCCUUCCCCCUCCCCCCCCUUCCCCCCCCCUUCCCCCCCCCUUCCCCCCCCUUCCCCCCCCCUUCCCCCUCCCCCCCCCCCCUUCCCCCUCCCCCCCCCCCUUCCCCCUCCCCCCCUUCCCCCUCCCCCCCCCUCCCCCUCCCCCCCCCUCCCCCCUUCCCCCUCCCCCCCCUUCCCCCCCUUCCCCCCCUUCCCCCCCUUCCCCCUCCCCCCCCUUCCUCCCCCCCUUCCCCCUCCCCCCUUCCCCCUCCCCCCCCUUCCCCCUCCUCCCCCCCCCCCUUCCCCUCCUCCCCCCUUCCCCCCUUCCCCCUCCCCCCCCUUCCCCCUCCCCCCCCUUCCCCCUCCCCCCCUCCCCCCCUUCCCCCUCCCCCCCCCCCCCUUCCCCCUCCCCCCUUCCCCUCCCCCCCCCCCCCUUCCCCCUCCCCCCCCCUUCCCCUCCCCCCCCCUUCCCCCUCCCCCCCCCUUCCCCCUCCCCCCCCCUUCCCCCUCCCUCCCCCCCCCUUCCCCCUCCCCCCCCCUUCCCCUCCCCCCCCUUCCCCCUCCUGUAGUUAUGGUGUGACAUUUUACUAUCAGGUAUUUUAUUACCCGUUCUGGAAGCAUCAUAUACAACGGCAUGGUAUGACUACAGCAUGUCUGUAUGGUCGGAAAUGUAGCCAGUCUGCGCAGGGUACUCAGGAGCCCAGUGCUUUCCAGCCAACAAAGCACUUUCAAAAUGUGGUCACUGUUGUCAUAAAGUUGAAUGCUAUAACAGCUGGUAAAAUGCAGACGAUUCAACCAUUGCUAUCUGACAUUAGUGGCAGUUUUGUUUUAUUCCUUCACGGGAUGAAGUUUCAAUUGAGUAGGCCGCGAUUGCCAGUGCUGUUUGUGACACAGAGUGAUGCCAGCAGCAUGGAUUCAAUUCCCAAACUCGCCGAUGUUACCUCAAAGGUCCCAUCUCCUCAGCCUUGUCCUCUUCUGAGGUGUGAUGACUUCUCUGGUUAA